CCGGGGCACCUGCGGACAGAACCAGGUGAGGGAGAGGCCGUCCGUCCGCACCUCUCGUCCUCUCGCUCUCUCUCUCUCUCUCUCUCUUCUGCAGGACCUUCCGCCUCUGCCUCGUGACCCGGGACCAUGGCCGACGGAUCCAAGGUGUUCAAGAAGACCAGCCCCAACGGGAAGUUAUCCAUCUACCUGGGGAAGCGGGAUUUCGUGGAUCAUGUGGACUGCGUGGAUCCUGUUGACGGCGUGGUCCUGAUCGACCCGGAGUACCUGAAGGACAGGAAAGUCUACGUGACCCUCACGGGCGCCUUCCGCUACGGCCGGGACGACCUGGACGUCAUCGGCCUGACCUUCCGGAAGGACCUCUACGUCCUGGUGACCCAGAUCUUCCCCCCGGUGCCCGACCAGACCCCCAAGACCCUGACGCCGCUGCAGGAUAAGCUGCUGAAGAAGCUGGGCGAGAACGCCUACGCCUUCACCUUCGAGAUGGCCACCAACCUGCCCUGUUCCGUCACCCUGCAGCCCGGACCGGACGACGUCGGGAAGUCUUGCGGCGUGGACUUUGAGGUCAAGGGCUUCUGUGCCGAGAACCUGGAGGAGAAGAUUCACAAGAGGAAUUCGGUGCGGCUGGUGAUCCGGAAGAUCCAGUUUGCCCCGGUCAGCACCGGCCCGGCCCCGAAGGCGGAGACGACCCGGCAGUUCAUGAUGUCGGACAAGCCCUUGCACUUGGAGGCCUCUCUGGACAAAGAGGUGUAUUACCACGGGGAUCCCAUCGGGGUCAACGUCAGCAUCAACAACACCACCAACAAGAUCGUGAAGAAGAUCAAAAUCUCAGUCGAGCAAAUCACCGACGUGGUCCUCUAUUCCCUGGACAAGUACACCAAGUCGGUGUGUUCGGAGGAGUUCCUCGAGAACGUGGCGGCCAACUCCACCUUCUCCAAGAGCUACACCGUCACCCCCCUUCUGAGCAACAACCGCGAGAAGCGGGGCCUGGCCCUCGACGGGAAGCUCAAGCAUGAGGACACCAACCUGGCCUCCACCACCGUCCUGAGACCUGGGAUGGACAAAGAAGUUCUGGGGAUCCUGGUUUCCUACAAAGUGAAGGUCAACCUGAUGGUCUCCAGAGGCGGCAUCCUCGGAGAUCUCACAUCCAGUGACGUUGGAGUGGAGGUGCCCGUCAUCCUGAUGCACCCGAAGCCAACCGACAGUGAGCCAAAAAGCGCGGAGGACAUUGUGAUCGAAGAAUUCGCUCGGCAGAAGCUCAAGGGCGAGAAGGACGACGACGAAGAGAAGGAGGAGGAGGACAAAGGGGAGAGCUAAGGCACCUUCCGGGGGGCACGGCGGCGUUUCCGUGGGCAUCCCUGUCCCAGGCAUAAUAAUCUGUCAUAAUAAUAAUAUUAACAACAAUAACCACAACCAUGCCUGUUGCUCCAUCCGGGCCGGCCUCUUCCGUGCGUCCAAGACAGGACCGAUAACCUCGCUUUGUUGCAUCUCGGCCCCAGACCAGGCGCCUACGAGGUGUUUUCCGAUAGUCAGACUUUACUGAAAGCGCCGUAUGUGUAAUUAGCAAGGCCGGGGUGCCCUGAGCAUGUCUGUGCACCAACACGCAAACACCACGCAUGCAGCAACGCAGGCAACAAGGCCCCACCUACUCCCAAGCCAGGACAGGGGCCCAAGGUGCAGUUCUGUCAGUUUAGGACGUCUGUAUGUUGUGAAAGAUCUCCGAGGCCUGUACAAUAAAAUAAUAAAGACGCCACCAUC